GAAGUUGGAGGAAAGAAAAACAUGGGACGGCCAGAGAGGUAGAGAGGGAAGAAGAAGAAGAGAAGUGGAGUCUCAACCAAGUCUCCCAAUACCUCUAUAACACUUCAAGAUCCUCCUGGUCUGUUUCCCCUUCACCUGCAGAUAUUGGCCUACACUCGAUUUUUUUCUAUGAACCAACUCAUGUUUUCUGUGGCUUCAUAAUGGUAUUGAAGAGUAUCUGUGAGAGGAUCAUUGGUGCAACAUGUUCUUCUAAAAGCUCAGUUGAGACUAUAGAUAACAGUCAGGUGCCUGCUUCUUUGAAAGUAGGGUCUGGUGAAAGUAAGUAUCCUAACACUUCCUUGUGGUCAGGCUUCUUUCCAUCUGGUCUUUUGGUCUCUGAAACGCAUAGUGAACCAUCGCCUUCUGAAAAGAAAGCAGUUUAUUUUGGAAAUAGUGGGUGGGCAGCUGCUGUGUGGAAAGUUGUUAACAGUGGCUCGAUGAGGAGAUUUCAAGAACGUGUACUUGGGACAGGGAGGACUGAGAUUUCAAGUUCCGAUGGUGAUAUAUGGCUUCUGGGUGUCUGCCAUAAUAUUUCACAACAAGAAUCAACUGCAAAUGUAGAUACUAGAAACGAGUUUGCUGCAUUUGAGCAAGAUUUUUCUUCAAAAAUCUUAGUAACAUAUCGGAAAGGCUUUGAUGCUAUUGGAGAUUCAAAGUAUACUAGUGAUGUUAAUUGGGGAUGUAUGUUUCGGAGCAGCCAGAUGCUUGUAGCUCAGGCAUUGCUCUUUCAUAAAUUAGGUAGAUCAUGGAGGAAAAAUAUUGAUAAGCCACUGGAUAAAGAAUAUAUUGAGAUCUUACAAAGUUUUGGUGAUUCGGAGGCUUCUGCUUUCUCUAUUCACAAUCUCCUUCAAGCCGGUAAAGAUUAUGGCCUUGCUGUUGGGUCAUGGGUGGGCCCAUAUGCCAUGUGUCGAACAUGGGAAGUUCUAGCUCGUAACCAGAGGGAGACAGACAACCUUGCAGAGCAGCCACUUCCAAUGGCAAUUUAUGUUGUCUCUGGAGAUGAAGAUGGAGAACGUGGUGGAGCACCAGUUGUCUGCAUUGAAGAUGCAUCCAAACGAUGUUCUGACUUUUCAAGGGGCAAACUUGUUUGGACGCCUCUGCUUUUAUUGGUUCCUCUGGUUCUUGGACUUGAUAAAAUCAAUCCAAGGUAUAUCCCAUUAUUGCAAUCAAUUUUUAAAUUCCCUCAGAGCCUUGGUAUUUUGGGCGGUAAAAUAUUCUCAACAAAUAAUUGCCAUUUACUGACUUUAUUAAUUUAUUGCACUAUUCGGAUUAAACUUGUACAUCGUAUGUUCUCAACUGGCCUAGGUAGUAGCCCUUUAGUUUCAAAAGAAAUAGAUAAGUCAAAAAGUAAAAGUGAAAAACCAAGAAACCAUCUAGAGACAAUCUUAACUUAUCUAUAUUAUUAUGUUUUAUAUGUUUUUCAGGUUGUCAAUAUCAAUGGGGAAUCCCAAGAGACUAGUACCUCCUCAUACCAUAGCAAUGUUAUCAGGCACAUACCCCUAGAUUCAAUUGACCCAUCCUUGGCUAUUGGAUUUUACUGCCGAGAUAAAGAUGAUUUCGACGACUUCUGUUCCCGAGCUUCCAAGCUUGCUGAAGAAUCAAAUGGCGCCCCAUUAUUUACGGUAGCUCAGUCUUGGAGGUUCUUAUCGCAAACCGCUAGUAACAAUGGGCCGGGUGGCAACCUUGGAUUCCAAGAUGAUGAUUCCGUAGCUAUGGAUGUUGCGAACGAAGCUGGCAACAAUGAGGAUGAUUGGCAACUUCUGUAAUUCCAGAGUUGCGCAAGGUUGAUUUGAAGUCAUGGGUGGAAAAAUUUGUUGUUUGAUUCUCGUGUGCCUAAGCCUAAUUUGUCCUGUGUUGUUGAUGCCUAGUUUUUGGGGCUCUCCAUAAUAGGCUUUGUAGAAAAGUAAAUUAUACUGAAUAUGAUUCUUUGGCUUAAUUUAUUUGCUCAUUUGUUGAUAUAGCUAACUAGGUAUUUGUUGUACAUUACACGGCUAGUUUCCUUCAUAGUUGUUGCUUGUACCCUUCUGUUGGUUACGAAGUACAAACUCGUAGUUGGAUAAUACUUUUGAACUGUCAAAUAAAUGGUAGAAAGUGAUUCAGAAA